AUGUCUCAAACACCAGAAUAGAAUCGAAAUUAAGAAGUGUGGCUCAGAAACUCAUUGAACAAAAACAAUAGAUUAGAAUUCGAGAUAAAGUCUUUGCAAAAUGAAGUGAAAACUAAGAACCAAUAAUUGUCAUAAUUGGAAUUGGAUUAUAAGGGUCAAGUUAAUUAACUUUAACAGCAAAUUCAAAUAAAUCAAUCAUUACAACUUCAGAUUCAGUAGAUUUCCCAAGCUAACACUGAUCAAAAGAAAGCAACUGAAUAAUUAACUGACCAAAAUAAUUAAUUAAGAAAUUAGCUGAAGUAAGUUUAAGAAACUAAUAACAUUGAAAAAAAUUAAAGUAAACAGCUUUUGGAAAGAGGCAACGCAGAUAUCCAAAAGUUAAGGAAUGAAAUACUAUAAUUACAGAGAAAUAAUGACAGUUUAUAAUAAUAAAAAACAUACCAGGUCUCGUAAUUGGAUUCCAAUUCUAAAAAAGUAAUAGAAGAACUCUAAGAAUAAAUUCGUAAACUGUAAUUGUCAGCUACAAGUAAAAUAGAAUCAUUGACUUCUGAGUUGUCUUUAAAAAAUGAUUAAUUGGAUAAAUUAACGAAGGAAAUUAAUAUCAAAAAGAAUGAAAUCUACUAGAGUACUGCCAAUUAUGAAGCUGUAAAUGCAACAAAGUCCUAAUAAUUGAUUUAAGCAUAAUAAAUCUAGUAGAAAUUGUAAUAAGACUUUCAUGAUAAGCUAGCCUAAUUUUAAUUGUAAGCAUAAAUGAAGAUUACUUAAAUGGAACAAGAAAUAGUAUAAAAAAAUACAAUAAUUGAAAAGGCCAAUUAAGAUCUGGCCAAAAAGGCAUAAGAAAUAAAAGAAAACAAUUAAAAUUUUGAAUAGAUCAACAAUUAAAAUCAAAAGAAGUUGUAAGAAAUGAUGAUUCAGAUUCAGAAAUUAUAAUUAGCAAUUGAAUCAGAAAACACUCAAUUCGAUAGAAAAAAGGGAGAUCUAAAGGUAUAGAUUGAUAAUCUAGAAAAAGAUUUAAAUAUUUAAUAAUAAUCCACCAAUUAAUAUACAUAAAAAUUGAAUAAUGAAAUCAAUCAAUUAAAGAACUAAAAUUUAGAUUUAUAAAGGUAACUGAGUGAAAAACACAAAUCCUUUUGUUUAUCAUAAACAGAAUCAGAUGCUUAGAUUAAAUAAUUGAAUUUAUAAAUAAACUCGUUUUAAAAGGAAAUUUAAUUGAAAAAUUAGUAGCUUUAAUAAUCGGAAAGCUAAUUAUUGGAGAUCAAAGUCUUGAAAGUUCAAGAAAUAGAGUAGAUGAAAUUGAAUUUUGAUCAGAGAGAGAAAGAAUUAUUAAUCUAAAAUGAAUAAUUAAACAAUCAUAAUAAGAUGUAAUCCUAAAAGGUUAUAACUUUAUCAAACGAAGAAUUAAAUCGAUAAAUCAAAUAGAUAGAUUCAUUUUGGACUGAAAAAUAUAAUAAUUUAUCGAAAUAGACUAAAGAAGAUAUCUAACAAUUAACUUACUAAUAUCAAAUGCAAUAGGCAUAGAUAGAAUAAUCUAAUAAGGAAAAGAUUUACGUAAUUGAAUAAAAUCAUAAUUAAUUUUUAAAUUCUUAGAAAGAAUUAUUUAAUCUUUAAAUAACAAUACUUAAUAAAUAAAUUUUAGAUUUAUAAAAGGAGAGAGAGAAUUUGAUUAUUGAAUUAGAUAUGAUGAAGGUCAAGGUAAAUGAACUUUAGGAUAAGGCAUCAAAUUUUAAUAGUAGAGAUUAAAGAAAAGAUGAAUUAAUAUAGAGUUAGAUGGCCACAUUAAAGAAUAGCAAAGAAGGUAUAAAUUAUAUUGAAAUUGUAGAGUUAUUAAAUGUUAUCAAUUAAUAAAGUUUAGCCCAUAAAAAGGAGAUCUAUAUCUUUUAAACUAAAAUAGACUAAUUGUAACAGCAAUAUGAUAAUUCUGUAAGAGAAGGAAAGUAAAUCAAAGAAUAAUUGAAGCUCUCUCAACUUGAGGCACAGCAAGUCUAUAAUUUGAGCCAUUAGAAGAACAAGGAAACAUUAAAUGCUCAAGCUGAGAAAGAAUCAGAGAUCAUAAAAUUAUAGUCAGAAUUGUCAAGAGUGGAAACCUUAUAUAAGUAAGUUGUUUUAGAAUUAAAAAUCAUCAAUGAAUAGAAAAAUGAUCUACUAGUUAUUGAUGAUUUUCAAUUAAAAGGGAAAGAUAUUGAAAUUGGAAAUUAGAAGAGUUAUAUAUUGGAAUUGAAACAGAAAUUACAUUAAUUUUAAAAAAGAAUUAAUGAAUUAGAAUUAUAGUUAUAAAAUGCUAAUAAAAAGUUGGGAUAAAAAGAUUAAGAAGCUAAAAAAGAGAUUGAAAAUCUAAAUCAAAGAAUCACUAUUCAGAAACGAUAAAUUUAAGAAGAAAGAGAAAGAUGCGAUGAAUUAGCAGAAGCAUAAGAAAUGGAGGUUUAAACUUGGAAUGAAAGAUUGAAAGAAUAAUAGAAAUUAAAUGAAGAUUUAAUUAUAUAAUUAAUGAGGCUACAAUAAUAGACAUCACAAAAUUCAGGCUUAAUAAAUGAAUUGCAAAAUUUAAAACAAUAAUUUGAAAUAGUAACUAAUUAAUAUAAGCAAUUAUAAGAAGAUGCAUAAGAAGCUACUAAAUAAAAGAGUAUGGUUAAAAAUGUAUAAAUUUAAAUGUUAUAAAAUCAUUAUAACAAAUAAAUGGAUGUGUUGACUUAAUAAUUAGAGGAAAUGAAAGAAUAAAGUUUAAAUUAAAAACUCGAAUUCCCUAUCAUGGAUUUUAAUGUUUAAAUCAUAGCAUUAAAUGAUUUAUUAGUAAAAAAGAAUGCUGAAAUCAAUUAGUUAAAGUCUUAAACCCAGUUAAAAUUAUCAGAAAAAGACAGUGUUAUUGAUUAAUAAAGAGAAUAUACACAACAAUUAUUAAGUGAGUUUGAAAAAUUAUAAUAACAACUAAUAGAUCAACAUGAAUUUUAAGAAAGGGUUGAUAAUCUCUAAAUGAUUAAUGAGGAAAAGGAUAAUUCGAUAUUGUAUUUAAAAGAAGAAAUUGUGAAGUUAAAAUAAGAGAAUAAACUAAUAAAAGGAAAGUUGGAUUUGAAAGAGUAAUCCAUGGUUGUAAUACAGGAUUAGUAGCAAUUGAUCAAACAAUUAAAAAUCGAAUUGUAAAAUAAAUAAAAGAAUGUCUAACCUAAAUAGAUUGCUGUUUCCCAUUUAUAAACAAUGAAAAGUUCAAUACACAGAAUGAGCAAGAGAUCGGAGUCGAGUAGGUAGGAAAAAUCAGAAGUUGAUUGGAAUGGAGAAUCUCAGUUUUUAAUGGGAAAUGGAAGCAACAAAUUACCAUGCUUUCAUCAACAGUCUUCGGAAUCAUUUGCUGAUAAUAAACUCAUCGAAAAAAUGAAUUCAGAAAUAGUUGACACAAAUAUAAGAUUAAGAAACUAAGUAGAUUAACUUAAUUAAGAUAAAUAAAAUCUAUAAAAUGAUUUAACCAGAACAAUUCAAAGUUUGAAUUAAGUUAAAAAUGAAAACAGUGAAUUGAUUCUUAAACUUUAAUACGUUCAAAAGGCAUUGGAAUCUUCAUAAUAAAAUUAGGAAAAAUUGGAGAGGGAAAUAAAUUAAAAGAGGAAAAACGAAAUAAGCAGUGUAUCAUUUGAUGAUUAAAUUAAUUCAAAAGUAAAGGCUAUGAACCAAUAAUUAGAAAACUUAUAAUCAUCAAAAACCUAAUAAAUUCAAUUAAUAAAUCAAUUAUAAUAAGAGCAUUCUGAGUUCUAUCAAUAAAUAGAUAGGCUAAAUGAUUAAAAUAAAGAAUUAAGAAAAAAUAUAACUGUAAUAAAUGAAUUAAACUAAACACAAGAAUAACAAAUUUUAGAAUUAUAGAUGAAGUUAAAGUAAGAAUAAUUGGUAACUGUUAAGUAAAAUUCUGAAGUUAGAGUAUUUUAAUUGAAACAAGAUUAAACUUCUUAAAUAGUAUCAUUUGAGAAUUAACAAUUAAAAUAAUAAAAUGUAGAAUUAUAAAAUAAAAUUUAAGAAUAAAAUUAAUUAAUUUCGAAUUAUGAAAACUAAUAAGAAAAGAAAAAUGGAAUAGAGAAGAAAUAUGAGGAAUAAUAGAAAUAAUUAUACUUAUAUCUUGAUAAAAUAGAUAAUUUGGAAAAUGAGAAAAGAUAGUUAGAAUAGGAAUAAAAUAAGAUAAUAAUAGAUAGUAACAAGCUGUUGGUAAGAAAUGAAGAUUAUGCUAUAAAGGUCAACUAAUUAGAAAGGACAUAUUAAUAGUUGAAAUAACAAUUACAAGAACAGUAAGCUUAACAUGAAAAAUAAUAAGUAUUUUUAGAAAGAGAAAAAUAGUAAUUGCAAUCUUAAGUUAAAUUAUUAAAUAUUUCUUUGCAAAACUUAUAAAAAUUAAAUAAAUCGCAAUGUUCUGAGGAAGAUGCUAAGAAUAAUUAAUUAGUAGCUGAUAAAUAAAUUAAUGAUUUAAAUUCUAAAUUGCAAGAAAAAAUUCUUCAAAAUAAAAAUCUCUAAUAAUAAACUGAAUAAUAAAAUGCAGAGAUUCGAAGUCUAAAUUUAUAAAUAUAAUCUUUACAAUAAAUGUAUAUGCCUGUUUAGAAUUAAAUGUAAGAAUUAUAAAUUCUGAUAGAACAAUAAUAGAAAAAAAUUGAAAAAUAAUCAUAAUACUAAACUACAUUUUCUUCAACUUAGAGAAUAAAUGAAUUAGAGAAAGAAUUAUAAGAAAAGUCAAAAAUAAAUGAAGAAAUAACGUAUAGGAAGAAUUUCUUUGAAUCAUAGCUUUAGAAUAAUGUUAGAGAGAUGAAUGAUCUUAGAUAAAAGAUUACAUAGUACUAAUUAAUAAAUGAAUAACUAAAUGAAUAAAUUGAUUAAUUGAUAAAUGAUUAAGAAUAGGUGAAGUUAGAACAUGAGUAGAAGAUGAUAGAUUAUCAGAAUAGUGUAAGAAGAUAGAUAUCAACAUUUCAUAAUAAUUCUGUUGAUCUAUUGGAUUAAGUAGAUCAAUUAAACAAACAAAAUUAAGAGAAUAAAUAAUAAAUACUAAAGAUGGGUUAACAAUUAAGAGAACGUGAAUUUGAGAUAUAGAGACAAUAACAGGACUUUUUACAAUAAUAAAAUUAUUAUCAAGAGUUAUAGGUGACUAUUGUGAAUGAAAACAAUUAACUUAAAAGUUAGUUACAUCAAAUGGAAAUCGAGUUGCAGAAUGUAAAAUUCAAAGACAAUCAAUCUGUGACAAAUUUGACAGCCUCUUAAGAAUUGAAAUUUAAACACUUAUAUGAAGCAAUACAGGAAAAAGAAAAUAAAACAAAUUAAAUGAAUAAAGAGUUACAACACCAAUUAGUAUUGUAUGAUAAAUAAGCUAAAACAUUGUAAAAUAGAAUUACUCAUUUGGAGGAUGAGAUUAAGUAAUACUAAGAAAAAGAGUCUAUAAAUUAUGAAUCUACUGUUACCUUCCAUCAACCAGAAGAGAUCUAAUAAUUGCAUGAAUAAAAUAUCAAGUUGACUAGUUAAGUUUAAAUGUUUUCAUCUUCUCAUUUUCAAUUAGAAAAACAACUAAAUGAAUAUGAUGAAAAGGUUAAAUAUUUAUAAUUUAGACAAGAGAAUGAAAUCAAAAAACUAUCAGAAGAGCAUAAUUAACGACAAUAAUAAUUGAGUGAUUAGUUAAGCAUGUCAAAAAAGGACUUAAAAGAUUUAUAGAAUAAACUUGGUCAAUUAACUUUAUAGUCUUAAGAUUAAACUGUUUAAAAUGAAAAGCUUUAAAAAUAAAAUUAAUAAUUAUCAUAAUAAAUAUUUAAUUAAUAAAAGGAUAUUAAUACCUACAAUCAAUAAGCAAACGAAAAGUUAGAAUCAGCUAAUCAAUUGAAUCAAUAACUAUUAAAAUAGAUUAGCCAAUUGAAUAAUAUCAGACAAUAGGAUUAGGAUGAAAUUAGAAAAUUAUCAACUUAGUUAAAAUAAUUAUAGGAUUAAUAAGGAAAUUAUCAAAAUUAAAUCAGAUUUUUGUAGAAUUAACUGAAUGGUAUCAAUUAGGAUUCAACAUUAGAGUAAAAUGAAAUAGCCGAAUUAAAGUAGACUAUCGACUAAUUGAUUAAUGAGAAUGAAACGCUUAAGGGUGAUGGAUAGAAGUCAAAAUUUGAUCAAUCUAAUGAAUUAAGAAAAAAAAUCAGACAACUAACUUAAUAAAAUGAAAUAUAAAAGUAAGAAAUAAUAAUAUUAAAAUAAUAAAUAACAUCAGAAUAAAACACUAAUUAAAAUGAACAAUAAAACUAUAAACGACAAAUUGAAAAACUUUAAAGCUAAUCUAAGCAAGGAAGAAAUGAAAAUUCUACUGCGUCUGAUAAGCAGAUGGACUAAAUAAAAGUAUUAUAAAAAAACUUACAAUAACUGUAGAAAAGCUUAAGAGACUCAGAAGAAUAAAAUAGAAAUCUGCAAAGAUAAGUUAAUUUAUUAUAAAAUAAUGAAUAUGAGUAAAGGUAAAAGUAGAAAAAGAGAGCUCUAAAAGAUAAAAUUAUAGAGCUUUAGUAGUAAUUAUCAAAUUCUUAAAGAGAUUAUAGUCGAAGUGAGAAGGAUCAGUCAAAUAAUUUGGUUAAGUUCUAUGAUAAGGAAAUCGAAGAAAAAUAGAGAUUAAUUAAUUCGUUGGAAGAAUAAUUUAAGAUUUUAUAAAAGGGCUAUGAGGAUUAGGAUCAAGAAAUAAAGUUAUUAGAGGAUGAGAAUAGUAAAUUGAAAUAUUAAUCAGACAACUACUAAAAUGAACUUGCGAUCCUAAGAAUAAAUCAGAAUUUAUCAUUAAAUCCAAAUAUCACAAUUAAUAAUCUCAACAUUCAAUAGGAAAACAAAAUACUUGAAUUAAGAAUCUAAAAAUUAACCACACAAUUAGAUGAGUUGAAUUUAAAGUUAUAAGACUCAGAAAAUGACUUAGCUGAUAUGAUUGAAAAUUAUAAGCAAGAAUAAUAAGUAAUUAUAUAAUUAACCAAUUAGAAAAAUAAAUAAUUAGAAUUAAAUCUUAGAAACUCCAAAUUACCAUAAAAGGAUACAGAAAAUUAAUAUCGAUAAAUGAUUUUAUAAGAAUUUCCUAUUUAUGUAUGCUUUAUAAUUAUGUUAUUAGAGCGAUUAAACAUUGGAAUAAAUGAUAAAUUUGCUGAUUCUGAAUGCAAUUCCCAAUCGCUCAUCACAAAGAAGCCAAUAAUUUGUUGAGCUCUAAUAAUAAAAUUAAGAGAUGUUAGAAGAAAUUCAAAUCUUAGUGGAAAAAAUAAAAUCAUAGGAUAUUGAAUAUAAUCAACUCUAGGAACAACUUUAAUAGUCAGGCAAGCAGAAUUCAGUUCGAAGUGCCAAUCACAGUUAUGGAAUGAGCAAUGAUUUUGAGAAAGAUAAAAAAAUUAUAGAAUUAGAAAACAAAUUAGCUUUGCUAGCCAGUGAAAAUUCUAGAUUAAAUCAUAUAAAAGUAUUAUAAUUUUUAUAAUUAUUAAUAGAAUCAACAGCAUAAACAGUUACAAUCACAACAACUUACUUAAUAAGAAAUACAAAAUUAUUGA